UCUCGCGAGGUUUGUCCGCAGCGGUAGGAGAUGGAUAGCAUCGUGAGUAAAUGGAUCGUGAGCUUCUGUUAAAUCCGCAGGAAACCGUCGUUCCGCUCGAUUCACGUCCGCCGCCGCUCGUUCCCCGGUGGAUCCAGCGGGAGGGGACACGGUGGUCCUAACGCACCGUCUCUUGCGCAGGGAGAAUCGGUCCGUGUGUGCCCCGCUCGUCGGUAACUGGCCGCUGCUCGGAAGCUAGGCGGCUAACACCCGUCGGUGGGUGAAACCAGGAAGGAGUUAGCGGACGAGCAGCGCAGGGAGCCCGGCCUCAGGUCACUGCCCUCCCGCAGACACGUUUAAAAAAAAAACCCUCCGACCUCAUCCAGGCCGCCGGACCCCGGGAGAAAGGACAAGAAUAUUUAAAUUGGCCUGAGUGCAAAGAUGUCGAAGGCUCCAGACUCUCAUGCUCAGUCCCGCUCCAGAUCGAGGUCCAAAUCCAGAUCCUACUCCAGAUCUCGCUCUAGAAGCCGCUCCCGCUCAAGAUCCAGAAAACGUCGCUACAGCUCCAGGUCUCGUUCCCGCUCUCGUUCACACACUCCCUCCUACAGAAACUAUCCUAGCAGGGACUAUCAGAACAACAGAGGCGGGUUCAGAGGCUACAACCGCGGUUACAGGAGGCCGUUCCACUACAGAGGCAGAAACCGCGGCUAUUAUAAUCGUGGUCACUACCAGAACAGAGGAGGCGGUGGCUACAACUAUAAAUCCAACUGGCAGGGAGGUGGUGGUGGAGGCUGGCACGAUCGCCACCAUGACCAGGACCACCACUCGCACAGUCCAAGGAGGGGGCGCUCACGCUCCCGCACACCGAAGAAGCGCUCUGGCAGCCGGAGCCGCUCACACUACUCCGACCGCUCUUCGUCGGGCAGAUCUCGGCGCUCCAGACGCUCCAGCGACUCCUCUCGAUCUAGGUCCUCCACCCCACGCCAUCACAGCAGCAAGGGCAAGCGUGGCUCCAAGGAAGCCAAAGACAAGCUCGCAGAAAGUCCACCGGAGAAAUCAGGCCAUGCAGCAGAUGGCAGCGCCAUUGAGAAGGCAUCCGGGGGGAAAUGGAUCGACUACGACACCAGCCCCAAACGUGCCAGUCUUAAGAAAGAGGAUGCUCUCUGUGGCUCUGAGUCAAAGGGACCCAGCAGCAGUGGUCCUCUGUGGAAAACCAUCGGCAGCGUGUCCCCUCCAGCCAAGAGCCCCACAAAGUCGGAACAAACCGCCUCCUUCGGCGGCUUCGGGUUCUUCUCAAGUGAAGAUGCCAAAGCUGGAGAUAAGACUGUGAUCUCUGCUGCCUUCAAAAAGUUCUUAGCUGAGAAUAAAAACAAACAGGCGGUUGAAAAGGAGAACGGUCGUGAAAAGGAGCAGAGCACCUCAGACAGAGAGCUCGAGAAAGGCGGCAAGCCUGGAGACCUUUUCAGCAUCGCCUCCUCUUUCGCCAAGGAAGACAAGACACAUCCCUUCUUCGAUGCUGGAGAAGAGGAGUUCCUGAAGUCUCACGGCCUGAAGGACCAGGACAUUGAUGAGGACGGCGAGAUCAAACCAACCCUGACAGCUCGCGACAUUUUCGGGAAGUGGGGGGACGAGCCAAGCUACACAACUUCCUACCCGUCCGCCAAGGACAAAACCCGGAGAGAUGACGAAGAGGCCGAGUCCAUCGAUCACAUGGAGGAGGACUUGUACCGGAGCCGCAAGCACAGCUCAAAGAAGGAGGAGAAGUCCAAGAAGAAGGAGAGGAAGGAAAAGCCCCGGAGGAGUCCGUCCCCUGCCACAUCAACGUCUAGAGAGAAAGAGCGCCCCCUGUUUCCUGGAGCGUUCCCUCCUCGUGAGGACUCUCCUGUACGCCUGUCAUCGUCAAGGGAGGAGUUUGAGCUCAAAUUUGGUUCUUUAGAUGAGCUGCCCAGUGUUCCUCACUCAUUCUAUUCUCUCAGCUCCUCCGCAUCUAAAGAUCGCCUCGUGCCCCGGGAUCUGCUGAAUGUCUCUAAGAAAGAUCCGGAGUUUCGUUCCACUUUCCAGCACAUUCAGGCAGCGCAGCUCCGCCGUAGCCCCUCUGAGCUGUUUGCUCAGCACAUAGUCUCAAUCGUGCACUAUAUCAAAGCUCAACACUUCCACUCGUCAGACAUGACUUUAAGUGAGCGGUUUGCCAUGUACCAAAGAAAAGCUGCAGAGGUAGAAAUGAUGAAGCCAAGGAAGAGCCCAGAAAUCCACAGGAGAAUCGAUGUUUCCCCCAGUGCCUUUAAGAGGCACUCUCACCUGUUUGAGGAUAUGGAGGAGACGAGCUACAAGCAGGAUCCAAGUAAAAAGUUCAAAGGUGAUGUGAUGGACCUUCGGCUGGAUAUUGAAAGACGCAAGAGGUUUGCAGGGAAAGACUUCAAGCGAGAGGGCGCCAGGAGCCCGGGAGACUCCCGAGGGCCGAGCAGAGAGAAGUCCUCGGAGAAAUCUGGGAAACACCACAAAAAAUCCAAGAAGGGAAAGAAGAAGCGUGAUCGCUCCCCGUCCUCCUCUUCCUCCUCGUCCUCCCCAUCCCCUUACCCUCCGCAUUUCAGAGGUAAAGCGUUCAUGGGCGAGGGGAUGGAGCAAUCGGAGGAGGGCUACGGUCACCCGCGUUAUCCUCCGCGGGACUGCGGGGGACCUGGGGACAGAGGCCCUCGAGAUUACGAGGGCCACGCCCCAGAGAGAGGCCGGGGUCGUGGAUUUUUCCCCAGAGUCAGAGGACGAGGUUGGAACAGAGGAAAUUAUCCAGGAAACAACGGAAAUGGAAAUCCUGCUAAUAUGAAUCCUCCAGUGCGCCCCCCGGAGGAGGAGUGGGACCCUGAAUACACACCCAAGAGCAGGAAGUAUUACCUGGUGAGCACGUGCAGAAAACAACACUCGAGAAGACGCCACCUUCAGCACGACGAUCGCGAUGGAGAGAAAACCUGGAUUGACAACCGCGGAAGAGGCCGGGGCUCCUUCCCGGCUCGCCGCGGACGCUUCGUUUACCGAAAGGGAGGCAGCAGCCCGAAGUGGACGCACGACAUGUUCCAGGGAGGAGAAGAGCGCGACAUGGGAGACGACGGAAUAGAAGUAGACCACAAAGACGUGAAGAGCGGCGGGGACGCCCCCGGCCCGAAGCAGUGACCUGCUCCGCUCCAUCCUCCACUUUUUAUCAGUGUCAGAGUCGUGAUGAAGGGGUUGUUUUUCUUUGUUCCUCCCCUCGAGGUCAUCUCAUGGUUUAACUGUUAAAAUGUGUUUAGUUUGAGUGGAAACUUGUUACUGACUUGGAUGAAAAGCUCUUUUCAUGUCGCUUGUCUCCAGACACGAACCAGACCCAAGUUUCCGGACAUUUUCCGGAGUUUGCCUUUCACUCGUGAAGAACGCAAAAAGCGAACAGAGGAAUGUUCAGAGCAGCUGACUCGGACAUUUGCGUUCUCCCUGUGAACUUCGAGGAAAAUGUCCGGACUUCAUUGCGCGUCUGAAAGCAGCUUCUGUAAGAUGAGUGGGGUUUUUUUUACGUAACGGGGAGUUUGAUCGCUUUCGUUUCGCAGCCGUGUCUUUGUAAUAGAGCGAUUACUGAGGCAGCCAAGUUUAGAGAUGGAUAUUUAAUAAGAAAAGCAUUUGUGCCUUAGAAAAUAAAAAUACUGUGCUUAUGUGAUCUGUACAGGAAGGCA